AUGGCCAUUUUUGACCCGGAGAAGAUUUUCAACAGAGAUGCCUCGCCGGAACAAGAUGUCCAAGAAGAGUUGGGCUCCGUAGAUCGAUGCAUUCGCUCAGUCAUUGAGCUACGAGACCCUGACAUGCUUGAGGCUGGCGUCUCCACAUCGCUCAAAGUGCUCGCAAGCCUUAAAGACAAGUUUCUGAAAUACUCAACAUCUAAUGCGGACGCUGCGGCAUGGGCACAAGCCAUUGAGAAGCUCAUCCCUCAAGCGCAGCGAAAGCGCACUGUGGUCGGCGUAGUGGGCAAUACUGGAGCUGGGAAGAGCAGCGUCAUCAACGCUAUGCUUGACGAAGAGCGGCUCGUACCUACCAAUUGCAUGCGUGCUUGCACUGCGGUGGUUACCGAGAUCUCGUGGAACAGCAGCACUGACCCGGGCUCUAAAUACUGCGCCGAGAUUGAGUUCAUCAGCCAGGCGGACUGGGAGAAGGAGCUCACAGUUCUUUUGCGCGAGUUCCUUUCCGAGAAUGGUUCCCUCUCGCGUGAGGCGCAGGAUCCCAAUUCUGAUGCCGGUAUCGCAUGGGCAAAGUUCCAUUCCGUCUACCCGUCCGUCGCCAAAGAUGCUUUAGGUGACUGCACCGUUCCUACGCUCAUGUCCAAGCGAUCCGUUGUCGACGUACUUGGGACUACCAAAAAGAUCCACACGGCCAGACCUCAGUCUUUCUAUCGAGAGCUCCAACGCUACGUAGAUAGUAAAGAGAAGGUCGCAAAGAAGGAUAAGAACAAGGAGAAGGUCUCCAAGCCUGCUUUUCAAACCGAGUACUGGCCCUUGAUCAAGGUCGUCAAAAUCUAUACGAAGAGUCAUGCACUCUCAACUGGUGCAGUCAUUGUGGAUCUGCCGGGUGUUCAUGACAGUAACGCCGCGAGAGCCGCUGUUGCUCAGGGCUACAUGAAGCAAUGCACCGGUCUCUGGAUCGUUGCUCCUAUCAAUCGAGCUGUGGACGACAAAGCCGCUAAGACCUUGCUCGGUGACUCGUUCAAACGGCAGCUCAAAUACGACGGCGGCUUCUCCAGUGUUACAUUCAUCUGUUCGAAGACCGAUGACAUCUCUAUCACUGAAGCAAUCGACAGUCUCGGGCUCGAAGAGAACGUUGCAACGUUUGAAGAAGAACAGGAACGCCACGAUGAGCAGAUAAAGCAGAUUCGGAGCAAGAUUCAAGAGUUGAACGAAUCGCGAGAGGUCUAUAAGCUUGCGAUGUCGAGCGCAAGUGAGGACAUUGAGGUGUGGGAAUCACUCCAGGAGCAACUGGACGACGGGAAAUCUGUGUUCGCACCCCAACCCAAGACUCACAAACGCAAGAAGGCCGUCUCGAAUAAGCAGGCACGCAAAAGGAAACAGCUUUUCGAUGACGAUACAGAUGAUGAUUUUGAGGAUUCCGAUUCCGAUGAGUCUAGGAGCGACGAUGAAGUCACAUUCCAGGGAGAAAGGAAGCGGCUAUCCGAAACUGACAUCAAAGAGAAACUGAAGGAGCUAAAGGAAACGAAGAAGAACGCUAGGCGAGAAGGGAUAGCAAUCAAGCACUCUAUGGACGACUUGAAACCUCAAAUUCGAGAACUGGAAGCAAAGAAGGAUGAAAUCAAAGCUGAGAUCAGCCGCAUUUGUAUUGCAGGCCGAAACCAGUACUCCAAAUCGGCUAUUCAGCAGGAUUUCGCUGCCGGUAUCAAGGAAAUCGACCAGGAAAACGCGGCCGAAGAAGACGAAGACAACUUCAACCCCGACGAGGAGAUGCGCGACUAUAACCAGGUUGCUAGGUCUUUGCCGGUCUUUUGCGUCAGCAGUCGCGCGUACCAGAAGAUGUGCGGCCGAAUGCAAAAAGACGAUGAAGUGCCCGGAUUCCUAACACCCGAAGAGACGGAAGUGCCCCAACUUCAGAACCAUUGUAAGAAGCUUACUGAAGGUGGACGCAUUCAAACUAGCCGCGCGUUCUUGACCAGCGUCUGCCAAAUAUUAACCACUUUCAACCUCUGGAUGUCAAACCACGGGGCGGGUUCGAAGAUGACAGACGAGGACAAGCGCAAGCAGGCCAGCUACCUAGUGCGGCGGCUUACUCAGUUAACGGAAGGAUUAGAGGCAGCCAUUGGUGCUUGCAUCAAAGAGAUGCGAUCUGAGAUGAAGACUCAAAUCUUCGACAAAUGCCCAGAGCUCAUCAACAAGGCCAUUGAAUCUGCACCAGCUACAGCACAUGCUUGGGGUUACAAGGAUCAAGGUGGCCUCGCGUGGGGAUCCUACAAAGCUGUCGUUCGACGCGACGGCGUUUAUCAUUCUUCUGCGGCCGGCCACCGUGACUUCAACUCCGAUCUUGUGGAUCCCAUCAUCAAGCAACUAGCAACGGGUUGGGAGCGAGCCUUCCAGACGCGCCUUCCAAAAGCAUUUGAUGCGUAUAUCAGCAAUUCAGGCACACUUCUUCACAAGUUUCACGAAGCCAUAGAAGAGCGUGCGAGGACCAGCGGCGUUGGCCUGGCGAAUCUCUCAAUCUUGAAGACACAGGUCUGCAACUACGAGCAGCUAUUCAAGGAUCUUGGGGUUACGCUCAUCACUCAAAUGAACGAACUCCAGCGGGAAGCGAACCGUGACUUCAGCCCUUGCAUCGCAGGCAUUAUGCAUGACGUAUACGAUGUGUGCACAGAAGAGCGUGGCGCUGGAUCUUAUAAGCGCAUGAAACAACACAUGGAAGAUCAUGUGGAGCGGGAGCGACACAGGAUGUUCCAUGAAGCCAUCGCAACAGUCAACAAGCACCUUGAUGACAUGUGUAAAGCACUACAAGAGUCAAUGGAAACCAAGGUUGAUGAGAUUUUCGUGCAGAUGGACAGGGACUAUACCCGAGUGCUUGGUGGCGCGGCUGGCUGUCAGCCCCUUAAUCUGCAAUCAAAAGAAGAGAGGGAGCUGAGGUCGGAAAUCAGAGAGAUCUUGGCAGGCAUCGAUGCACAAUUUGAGCCCAUCGCUCGCGGCGACAUCUUAGCAGAGAAAGAUGCAGAAAACAGUACAGCCGAGGGAGAAGAGCAGAUGGACGUGGAUAUGGAAGACGACCGCAGCAUCGUUGACUCCGCACAGGACUCCGUCGAGGAAGACGUUGAUGAGGCAGCUCCGGUGGAGACUGAAUCGUCCAUGUCCAAGAACGGUGGCGACCAUGUCGACCGGCGUGCCCGAGUCGACGACGAGGUAGAUGAGGAGAUGUAG